AUGACUCAACAAGUACAGGAAGUUCAGAUCGGAUCGAUCCGUGCCGUCAAGAACCUUUACAAUCACUCCACGUCCCGCUCUCGAAGCUCUGCGAAAUGGUCAGAAAUCAAGGAUUCUAUCCUCGAGGAGCGCCGGAUCAAGGAGCUUGGCCAGUCUCACUUCAUCGUACGCCGCUACUCGAAGCAGAAGACUGAUGAUGAUGAUUACACAUGGACAAUCUCUGCUAUCGAGAUCAAAAGCCCCACGCUACAGUCCUUCCUCGACAAAAUCUUCCAUGAUUAUCCGAAUCCGUACGCAGAUGACAGCCCGUACACUUUCUUCCCGCCAUACAAUCCUCUAGUCCAUCGGUGGGAGGCAAUCCAACAUGCCGUCAAGGCGGAAGGGAACAAUGAUCUUCGAGAAGAAUUGCACAUGUUUCAUGAGGAAAUCGAGCCGCUUCUCACUAAUCACAUCUCUGCGCUCGCGGAAGUGAAGCGCACUUCGCUUCUGACAUUUGAUCAGCUGUGGCUUGUGCUCGCUCCUGGGGAGUUUGCGGUGUCCAACAUCGGAGGCAAUACCUGCUUGUUCAAGAUUGUAGCAGCGAAGCGUUACAACUUUGGCGACGAUGACUACGAUGGCGAUAAACUUGAUAACGAAAAACCGUACUGGAUCUUGACCAUCGGACAGAUCGAUUGGAACGGCAGCCAACAUGGCUUUACUAUUGGAUCCACCAAGCUUCGCUACUUCGAAGGUUCCAAGCUUAUCCAGAAGCUGAAUUACUACCCUUUUGAGUUCACUCCGGAUCACGCAAACCUACGUGAAAAGCUCCUUCAGCGUGGACGAAAGUUUGAGUCACUGCGCGGAUUUCAUGUGACGAACGUUCACGGGAAGAAGUUCGUGCCCACACCUUGUGGUCUUUCUGUUGAGCCUAUUGCUGGUCGGUUUGUCGUGGAUGCUCACGCCUAUUACUUCUGCCAAAGCGAAGUCGCUCCGAAAUUGAUUGACAGCAUCCUGGAAGCCCCGGGGCAGAAGAAUGAGGAUGACAACGAAGAUGACGAUGAAGAUCUCUGCGAUGAAGAUCUAUACGAUGGAAAGGAAGACGAGGACAGCGGAAAGAUCACGCCAGCUGAAAUCGAAGCAAGCAACGACCAGAGCCAAAGGAACGAGGACCUGAAGCCUCUCACUGAUGAUGAAUGCCUGCUGGCUGUCCCUCGCGUGAAAGGCUUUGACUUGCAAGGAAAAGAGUGGUGUCUGGUCAAUGUUGACGACAUUCGGGACCCAGAGUGGAAUGAUCACCCCUACGACAACCUUGUCCUGAAGGAGGAGCAGAAAACGCUUCUGAUGGCAUUUGCGGACAAUCAAGUUCGCAACACCGGUUUUGAUGACUUCGUGAAACACAAAGUUGCGGAGAAGUCUCGAGUCCCUCUAUACAUGCUCAGUGCGGGAGAGCUUGGCAGUAAGCCUAAUGAUCUUGAGGCUGGUCUGAAACGAGCUUUGACUUGCUGCCAACUGUGGGGCGCUGUGCUCUUGAUAGACGAAGCGGACGUGUUCAUGGAGUCUCGGUCAUCGAACAAUUUGAUUCGCAAUGAGCUGGUUUCCAUCUUCCUUCGGCAGCUGGAGUACUACCAAGGCCUGUUGUUCUUGACUACGAAUCGACUCAGUACCAUCGAUCCUGCCUUUAGGUCGCGUGUUGACUUAAUCCUCCCAUACCAUGAUCUCGACGAGGCAGCCCGAAAACAAGUCUGGAAGAACUUCAUUCGCAGGCUACCUGCAAAUGACGUGCAGAUGAACGACAGCGAUUUCGACGAAUUGGCCAAGACGGCUAUGAAUGGGAGAGAGAUCAAGAAUCUGAUCAAGACUGCACUGGUGCUGGGCGCGCGUGACAAGCCUUUGAAGAUGAACCAUUUCAACGUGGUUUUGGGCAUCCGUAAAGAGGUGGACCAAUUGGAAUUCGGCGGACGUGAUUGA